GAUUAGUAGUUUUAAUUCCUCUCUCUCUCUCUCUCUCUCUCUCUCUCUCCAAUGGCAAACCCUCCAGAAAACCCUCUCAAAUUGCUCACGGUGCUGUUCAACCACGAGGGCCGUGACUCCCCAACCGAGGUCCGCAACGUCCUCCUCGUUGUUGCCACCCUCAUCGCGGCUGUCACCUUCCAAGCUGGGGUCAGCCCCCCCGGCGGCGUCUGGCAGGACAGCUCCAGUGGCCGCGUCCCGGGCCAGGCCAUCUACGCCUCCCAGACGGGGCCGUUCUACGUGUUCCUGGUGUGCAACACGCUCGCGCUCGCAUCGUCCAUCAACCUCAUCAUCUCCCUCACCUGGGGCUUCCCGUUCUUCCUCGAGGUCGUGGUGGCCACCGUGUCGAUGGCCGUCACGUACGGCUCUGCUAUUUUUGCCGUCACUCCCAAGUCAGACGAACAGUUCCGGUGGCUGCUCUUCACCGGCUGCGUGCCGUUCUUGCUGAGGCUGCUGAUCCAGAUGGGCAAGUAUUACCUGUUUGUAAUGUCCAAGUAGGAAUCAAUGGACUAGAAGGUGUGCAUUAGUCUCAAUUAAUUAAUUACUUUGGAUUAGUUCGUGUAAUUUAAUGUUCAGCCUCAUCUUGCGCUGAGGGUCUUGCACAAAGUGCGAUGAUUUUGAGGGAAUAACUUAAUUUUGUCGGAAUAUAAUUCAUCCAUUUGGAGCA